GUUUGAAUGGUAUGAACUAAUCUUCAAUCUGACGUUUUCAGUUCUUGAAACUUCUUUCUAAAAGGUAUCUAAACAAGUUAUAUUAACACUCAAACAAAAUUUCCUAUACCUUAAAACCUUACAAGUAAAGUUAGAUAAAGUUCGCCUGAGACUUACAUAAAGAACAUAAAGGACGUAAGGUACAAGACCUUGGAGCAACACUAAGGUUCAUCAACGACCUACACUUGCCCUAAACCCUUGAAGGGUUUUGCGAAGGGAUUGUUCAUGAUACUUGGGGCGACCGACGUCUUCGAAGUCGGCCGAAAUUAUUUCUUCCAUAAAGUUGUUCAGUUUGUAGUAUUACUUUUACCAAUAUAAAGACCUUAUCAUAUUCAACUUCAUCAUCACUUCCUAGUUCUUUGCCAAGUUUUUUCUUCUUGUUCUUUUACUAAAUCUUACUCGGAGGCAACCAGAUUAUUGACAUUUUCUUCCAUUUCAUCCUACAUGUAAACAAAUAUAACGUAUUAAACUGUUAUAAACAUAGACAAAGUGCUACACGAAGAUUGUGCGAAACACCGACUCGCUAUGUCAUGUACUGGUAAUAUAAAUUAAUUUGAAACAGUUUUAUGAAAUGCUUCAAAAAUGUUAAAUAAGUGUCAACAGGGAAACAACCCUGUGUAUCGCUUUUGAUCAUGUUGAAAUGGUUUUUUGUAAAUUUAAUUCAUUUAGAAAAUAAAACACCCUGUAUACAUUUCUUUUAAAAUAUUUUGAUUUGAAAAUGGUUGUUGAAUAUUACACUUUAGGUUUAUUGUUUCGUCCAAAAACAAAAUACUAUAUUUGAUCUUUUUUAAUUGCGCUUUUCAUUAUUGUUGGUGAAUUUUGUUACUAUGCUAAAUCAAAUAGGCCACAGAAAAAAGGAUAUCGACCACCGGAACUUGAUAAGUCUCACGGGUUCACCAAAAGAUGGAGAAUCAAACAGUUGGAGUGGACAAGGAGAUCAGGAUUAUCGUAAAGGUCAACAAACAGAAGACAAAGCCGAUCGAGAUUAUCGCCUCCCGUUCACAUUUGACGCAUUAAAAUUACCUCCUCCACCUCCACCCCCAAACAGUCAACAAAUACAGAUAAUGCAGCAAAAAUCUAACCAUAAAAGGAAUCAAUCCCCACGAAAAGGAGUCGAUAACGUGGAAAGCAUCGAUAUGGAUUUAAGUGAUGAAGAUCCCGUUAAUGACAACUUCAAAUUUGUUCGAUUAAAUGAGAACAAUAAAACGUUAGAACCGCCACCCCCAUUUCCAGAAUUUUCUGAUGAAGCGGAUGCAAAUGCAAACGACAUUUUAGAUGAUCUCAAUAAUGAUUUAGACGAAGAUAAUUUGAUUUUUGGAGAAGAAUUCGAUGAAAGUGGGGGUCAAUGGGACGAACAACAACAUAUGAUGGGAGGGCCCCCCUUUCCAUGUGGACCUGGUGGUCACCAUGGAGGAAUAUUACCGCCUGUACCACACAUGAUGUUUAUUCCUAAUAAUAACAAUUUUGUUAACGGACGUGGAAGAGGUAAUAAUAAACGAGGCCGAGGUGAUUUUAGGGGCGCAAGGCGUAAUUGGGGGGGUGGCAGAAAAAACCGUGGAAGGGGACCAAGAAGGUUUUUUAGAGGAAGGUUUCGUGGAGGAGGUGGAGGACAUUUUAAUUAAUUAAAUUAAAAAAGGUUACGAAAAAAAUUGGUUUAAAAAUGUUUAUUUUUUUUUUUUUUUUAGUUUUUAAAUGAGUGUUUUUUCUUAAUACUAAAUAAGAAAUUGUUUUUAUUUGUUCAAAAAUGUAAUUGAUAAGGAUGAUUUUAAAAGGCAGUUUAAAAAACAGUUAGGUUAGGUCUUUUUUGUGUUGGAACCUGUACUUUGUUUAUAACCUUUUUGUAAAUAUGUACAAAUUUUGUAACAAGGUGUAAAUAAUAAUAAAAUAGAGUUUAAUGAAUACAUUUUGGUAAAAACUAAUCAAGAAGCGAGCAAAUUGUAUUGAUGUCCCCACAAAAAUUGAGUCCGUUUUAUUAUAAUUAAUAAUGAUUUCAAUAUAAGACAAAAAUAUCUUUAUGGAAAUGAAGGAAUGAACUUUAUUAGUUCCAUGGAAUAUUUAAAACUUUGUAUAAUGAAUUAGAUUUUAUUAUUAAUGAGAGUUAUCUGAAAAGUUUUCGAUAUUUCAAUUAUCAAACCUUUAUAAUAAUAUAUUGUUACCAAAAUAUAUUCAUUUAACAAUUUAGACUGAAAUUUAAAUAUUAAUUUCAAGAACAUUAUUUGAUACCACUAUAAUUUUAUUUCUUUUUGUUUUUUGUUCUCGUAGUAAAAAAAUUAAAAUAAAAGAACCAUCCACAUUUUAGUGAUUAUUUACAACAACUUCUUUAAUGUUUCUUUUAUUUUUCUUUUAAAACUUAAUCAGAACUAAUAAGAAAAUCGUUUAUGUACUUCGCACAUAUAAAUAUUUUUUUUUUUCGUUAAUUUUCUUCUCUUUCUCAUAAUAAAAAUCUGUAUGAACCUGAUUUUUACAAAUAAAACCUUGCUAGGACGAAUUUUUGUUAAUAAAAAUAUUCCGGUAAUUAAAA